AUGUCAUACACUCAGAACUCUAGUUCUACUACAAACUUCUACGUUUCCACGUUCCAGGAUGAGAACGACCAAAGCAACGUUUUUCACCACGAGGCAAGGCUACCACCAAAUCAAGAGAACGAACAUCUCCAUGAGCCUAAGGAAUCCUUGUACAGUAAUGUCUCUCUCUUCCUAGACCAUUUACUCUAUCCACCACGAACUUUGCCAGAGCCACAACCCUUUUCAGCACAACGAUUGUUGUCGAGAUUACCAGCAGUGGCAUCAACGCUUCCCAAUGUAUUCUCCUCUGGCCCAGCGACCUUCGGAGGCUCUUCUACACAUACACCGUCCGAGGCGAGCUUAUACGCUCCAAGUCUGAGUCAGCCGCCAUUGCAGCACAAAGAAGCGCACUAUCUUUCACAGGACGCUCACAGUCUUGCCUUAAGUCAGAAGGAGAACGGAACCCGAGACACUGUCAGCCCAUGCUUAGAGGCAUCACUCUAUUUCGCCAUUAUCAAUAUGCAUGAAGACGAAGUCUGUCAGGUCCAAAACCUACCGGCACGAUUCAAUGGUUUCCCAAUUAUACUGGAGGAAAUGACAGACUUCGCAACGAUGAGGAUUUUUCAAGAAAAGCAUUUCGGCAACACCUACCGUUCAUUGGGACUCUCGAUAGAGGAUAUCCACGGCUAUGGCAUAGGUUACUACGACCCAGUGUUAGGAUCCUCAUCGCAAGUCUUUACGAGCACUGAACGCGCUUGGAGGAAAUGCCUGAAUGACAUCAACAGCCUCUACCACACUUUUAGAAGUUGUUUACAGCCUACGAGCUGUCUCUUCUGCAAACAUCAGCCACGAGUGUACACCUUUUUCGAAGCUGAACGUAUCAGGGACGUCCUCUUGAACAAUGUUCGCCCAAGCGCCGAGCUACAGUAUCACGAUGCUUAUGACCCAGAGCACGCGCAGGGACUGGGCACCCACCAUUGGUCUCACUAUAUGCGGUACAAUAAUAUUUGCCAGGAAAUAGACGUGACCAAUGGUGCUACUCAACCUGAGUUGCAGAACUUUGGUCUGCCGGGGACUACACAGCUAUACGCGCCGCUGGCAAUCACACCUCCAAGCAAUUACAACCAAGUCCUAACGUAUGUCGAACCUUCCCAGAACAACCUCAUCGCGCUGCCGUUCCAGCCAUCACUCGGCGCGAACGGGAUCGCACCGCCCCUCCAAGACCUGCCGCAAGGAGUAGAUGAGGUACGCGGGCCUUUGGGCAGACGCCUUGUCAAUCCAGACACCUACAACAAGCCGCCUACCCAGAAAGAUUACUCGAAGGCUGCAGAGCAACCCAAGGGUUCCACGAAGCGCGAUGAAGAUAUGUGCUUAACUUGUAUCUAUCACGGCCGCGGCUGCAAGGGUACGGAAUUGGUCAUGGUCAAGGGCAAAUAUCGUUGCCCAUGCUGUGCCACCAAACGCGCCGACAACACGGGCAUGCGAAGGUGUUACUGGCGGAACGAAGCGGCGGGCAUCAGAACUUAUGAGGAUGCCAAGGCCGCGGAUCCUCACAAGUUCGUCAACGAAGAGAAUACUAGGGGAGGCAAACUGGCUCGCGCGCAGAAGCGGCUGAAGCAGAAGGCCGAAAGGGCAAUCAAAUCUGCUACCAAUGACGCUUUGAUGACGGACCAGUAA